AUGGGUUGGAGGAGAGACUUUACUGAGUUUGAUUUAUUUUCCAAUUGUUUGUUUGCUUUUUUUGUAGGUCUUCAUGUACGAUUAAGCAAGACUGGAACCAUCUCAAGAUUACACGAGUUUGUUUCUCCUGAGGAAUUUCAAGUGGAGCUGCUAGUAGAAUAUCCAUUGCGAUGUCUUGUCUUGGUUGCUCAGGUUGCUGCAGAGAUGUGGAGAAGGAAUGGGCUCUCCCUGAUAAGCCAGGUAUUCUAUUAUCAAGAUGUUAAAUGCAGAGAAGAGAUGUAUGACAAAGACAUCAUCAUGCUCCAGAUAGGUGCAUCUCGUAUGGAUCCAAACCAGUUCCUCCUACUGAUACUGCAGAGAUACGAGCUUGCUGAUGCUUUCAAAAAGAUCAAGCCCACCAAAGAUCAGGAUUUGAUCAAACAAUGUAAUGUGCUCAUAGAAGAGAUGCUACAGAUUCUCAUCUAUGUUGUGGGGGAAAGGUAUGUGCCCGGAGUGAGUAAUGUGACAAAAGAAGAUGUUAUCAUGAGAGAAAUUAUCCAUCUGUUAUGUAUUGAACCAAUGGCUCACAGUGCAAUUACCAAGUCCUUGCCUGAAAAUGAGAACAAUGAAACUGGCUUGGAGAAUGUAAUUGAUAAAGUGGCUACAUUUAAGAAACCGGGUGUGUCUGGCCAUGGAGUUUAUGAACUGAAAGAUGAGUGCUUGAAGGAGUUCAAUAUGUUCUUUUAUCAUUACACUAAGACUCAGCACAGCAAGGCUGAACAUACACAAAAGAAAAGAAGAAAACAAGAAAACAGAGAUGAAGCAUUGCCGCCGCCACCUCCUCCAGACUUCAGUCCUGCAUUCAGCAAUGUGGUGAGGAUUCUGAACUGUGACGUUAUGAUGCACAUACUGCGGACCAUUCUUCAGAGAGCAGUAGAACUGGAAACCCACUUGUGGACUGAAGCUAUGAUCCAAAUGGUGCUUCAUCUCCUUUCUUUAGGGUUACUAGAAGAGAAGCAGCAGUUACAGAAGUCUCCAGAAGAAGAAGUAACCUUUGAUUUUUAUCACAAAGCAACACGAAUGGGAAGCUCGGCCUUGAAUGCUGUGAAUGUGCUAAUGCUUCUGGAAAAAUUAAAGAGAGUUCCUCAGUUAGAGGCACAAAAGGACACAGUCAAUUGGAUACUGCAGAUGUUUGACACAGUGAAAAGAUUGAGAGAAAAAUCUAGUUUGACAACAGUAGCAGCUACAUCAGGCUCAGAAGCUACAAAAGGUGAUGAGACACAGAACACUCAGGAUAAAGAGAAAGCUGAGCGGAAGAGAAAGGCAGAAGCAGCUAGGUUGCACCGUCAGAAGAUAAUGGCCCAGAUGUCUGCACUGCAGAGGAAUUUCAUUGAAACCCAUAAGCUCCUGUAUGAAAACACACUGGAAGCACAGGGGAAAGGAGAUGCUAUUAUGGAGGAAGAAAGCAUGUCUUUGGCUAUUGAUUACUCUAAAAUCGCUUUGGGUCCCAAACGAGGUCCAUCUGUUGCUGAGAAAGAAGUUCUGACCUGUAUUCUUUGCCAGGAGGAGCAGGAAGUAAAGUUGGAAAGUGCUGCCAUGGUAUUAUCUGCCUGUGUCCAGAAAUCAACUGCCUUAACUCAGAAUAGGCGCAGAAUUCUUGAACUCUCAGGGGAUACACUAGAUCCUCUUUUCAUGCACCCUGACUUACCUUGUGGGACCCACACAGGAAGCUGUGGACAUGUGAUGCAUGCAGCCUGCUGGCAGAAGUACUUUGAAGCCAUGCAGCUGAACUUUCAACAACGUCUGCAUGUUGAACAGAUAUUUGACUUGGAGAACGGAGAGUAUCUUUGUCCACUUUGCAAAUCUCUGUGCAAUACUGUGAUUCCUAUUGUUCCAUUGCAGGCUCAAAAAAUAAACAGUGAGGAUGCAGAGGCAGUAGCUCAAAUUCUGUCGCUGGCUAGGUGGCUGGAGAUUAUCACAGUCAGGAUAUCGGGCUACAGUGUGAAAAAUGUUAAAGGAGAGAAACAAAAUCUUCCAGCUUUCGCCAACAAGGAAAUGGGGAACUCUGCUUUGGAAUUCCAUUCCAUCCUUAGUUUUGGAGUUCAGCCCUCAGUCAAAUACUCAAGCAGUAUCAAGGAGAUGCUUAUUCUCUUUGCCACCACCAUUUAUAGAGUUGGAUUAAAAGUUGCUCCAAAUGAAGCUGAUUACAGGAUUCCUAUGAUGACCUGGAGCACCUGUGCUUUUACCAUCCAGUGUAUAGAAAACCUCUUGGAAACAGAGGGCAAGCCUUUAUUUGGAUCUCUACAAAAUAGACAGCACAGUGGCCUUAAAGCAUUAGUGCAGUUUGCAGCUGCUCAGAGAACAACAUCACCACAGGUCCUGAUUCAGAAACAUCUGAUUCGUCUUCUAGGAGUUCUUCUACCAAACUUUAAAGUGGAGGACACUCCAUCCCUCUUAGAAGUAGAUAUGUUCCACAUUUUGGUGGGAGUUGUGUUAUCAUUUUCAUCUUUAUACUGGGACGAUGCUGUAGACUUGCAACCUUCAUCAACUAGUUCAGCCUAUAACCACCUCUACCUCUUCCAUCUGACAACACUGGCACACAUAACACAAAUUGUCAUCUCUUCAGCAACAGAUAGAGAAUCCCCUACUGCUCAAUCAUAUGACAACAGUGAGGAGGCAUGCUCUGCACAGUCUUUCUGCAGAGAGGUUUGCCAGUACACCAGCGGUUGCUUUAGUCAGGAUAUUCCAGGCUGGCUUGUGUGGGAUUGUGUUAAAAAAGGCAUCAUGCCUUACCUUCGUUGUGCUGCUUUAUUUUUUCAUUAUUUGCUGGGAGUUUCUCCACCUGAGGAGCUACUACAAGUUUCUGAAGAAGGACAGUUCAAGGCACUUUGUAGUUAUCUCUCUCUACCUACCAAUUUGUUCCUGCUCUUCCAGGAAUAUUGGGACACAGUAAAUCCAUUGCUUCAAAGAUGGUGUGCUGACCCUGUGGUGUUAAGUUGUUUAAAGGGGAAAAGCAUUGCAAUAAGGUACCCUAGGAAAAGAAAUAGUUUAAUAGAGCUUCCUGAAGACUAUAGCUGCCUUCUGAACCAAGCCUCUCAAUUUAGAUGCCCGCGGUCUUCUGAUGAUGAACAAAAACAUCCAGUAUUGUGUUUAUUCUGUGGGGCUAUGUUGUGUUCCCAGAAUACUUGCUGUCAGGAACUGGUGAACGGGGAGGAGUUGGGAGCCUGUACUUCUCAUGCUCUUCAAUGUGGAGCUGGAGUCUGUAUGUUUCUCAAAAUCAGGGAAUGCAAAGUUGUCCUCAUUGAAGGUAAAACCAGGGGCUGCUUAUAUCCUGCUCCCUACUUGGAUGAAUAUGGAGAAACAGAUCCAGGUCUGAAAAGAGGCAAUCCCCUGCAUUUAUGUCAGGAGCGUUACCGGAAGCUCCAUCUGCUAUGGCAGCAACACUGCAUCAUAGAGCAGAUUGCCAGGAGCCAAGAAACGAAUCAGAUCUUCUUUGGAUUCAACUGGCAACUGCUCUGAGUCUCUUGAGUUUUAGUGAAAACUCUUCUCUUUGGCAGUCCUUUGGAAAAGGAAAGGAGGGUGGCCGUAAAUAAUCUGCUCUCAAGUGGAUUCUGUAGUUCGGACAUGAUGGAUUCUCUAGGUUGGAUGUAUUACUGAGACAUUGAAAUAGAAUCCUAUGACAUAUGUUUUGCUCUUUUGGCUUUUUCCCCCCUCAAAAGGAAACCCACAUUAUAUGAUUAUUACUGAACAUUCAGGUCCAGAAAUAUUUCCACUUUUUUUUUUUUGGAGAAGUUGUAAUUGUUUCACAUGUUUUGACGA